AUGUUCCAGCCCGCGGCGGCGUCCAAGCGCUGCUUCACGAUCGAGUCCCUGGUGGGCAAGGACAACAGCCACCCGCUGGCAGAGGAGCCUCUCCGUCCCGCCGCCGCCGCCGCCGCCGCCGCCGCUGCCCUCGGAUACCCGGCCAGCGCCGCCGUCGAGGCCUUCGCCCACAGCUUCCAGGGUUCGGCCGCCGCCGCCGGGCGUUCGCUCUACGGCGGCCCGGAACUGCUCUUCCCGGAGGCCGUGAGCCACCCGCCCGCCCUCGCCGUCCAUCCGCCGCAACUGGGCUCCUCGCACCUGCCCCCCUCGCCUCACCCCUUCUUCGGCCCGCAGCCGCGCGACCCGCUCAACUUCUACCCCUGGGUGCUGCGGAACCGCUUCUUCGGGCACCGCUUCCAAGGCGGCGAGGUGUCCCAGGAGAACCUGCUCUUCCACGGGCCCUUCGCCCGGAAGCCGAAGCGGAUCCGCACCGCCUUCUCGCCCUCGCAGCUGCUGCGGCUGGAGCGCGCCUUCGAGAAGAACCACUAUGUGGUGGGCGCCGAGCGCAAGCAGCUGGCCGGCAGCCUCAGCCUCUCCGAGACCCAGGUGAAGGUCUGGUUUCAAAACAGAAGGACCAAAUACAAAAGGCAGAAACUGGAAGAAGAAGGUCCCGAAUCAGAUCAAAAGAAAAAGGGAUCCCACCACAUCAACCGAUGGCGGAUCGCCACAAAGCAGUCCAAUGCGGAGGACAUUGAUGUCACGUCCAACGACUAG